GCGAGCCCAAACCCUCCCUACUGUAUCGAUGAAGUUGUUUCAAAGAUGGCGGAUUUCCUGCCGUCCCGGUCCCUUUUAUCUGUAUGUUUUCCUAACUGUCUCCUUACAAACAGUGAGGCAGAUCAGGUGAGGAAAUCUAAAGAGAUCGAUAAAUGUCUCAGUCGGGAUAAGACGUAUGUAAAACGGCUAGUGAAGAUUUUGCUACUCGGAGCGGGCGAGAGCGGCAAGUCCACUUUCCUCAAGCAGAUGCGCAUCAUCCAUGGGCAAGACUUCGAUCAGAGGGCCAAAGAAGAGUUCAAAGGCACAAUUUUUAGCAAUGUAAUAAAAGGCGUGCGCGUGCUGGUGGACGCCCGGGAGAAGCUCUGCAUCCCCUGGGGCGAGCCGUCCAACCAGAAGCACGGGGAGACGGUGAUGGCGUUCGACACGCGCUCGGCCCAGGGCCAGGUGCAGGCCGGCCUCUUCCUCAAGUACCUGCCCGCCAUCAGGGCCCUGUGGGCCGACACGGGCAUCCAGCACGCCUACGACCGCCGCCGCGAGUUCCAGCUGGGGGAGUCGGUGAAGUACUUCUUGGACAACCUGGAGAAGCUCGGCCAGUUGGACUAUCUUCCCAGCCAGCAAGACAUCCUUCUGGCCCGGAAGCCCACCAAGGGCAUCCACGAGUACGACUUUGAGAUCAAGAACGUGCCCUUCAAGAUGGUGGACGUGGGGGGCCAGCGCUCGGAGAGGCGGCGCUGGUUCGAGUGCUUCGACUCGGUCACGUCCAUCCUCUUCCUCGUCUCGUCCUCCGAGUACGACCAGGUGCUGAUGGAGGACCGGCAGACCAACCGCCUGAGCGAGUCUCUCAACAUCUUCGAGACCAUCGUCAACAACCGCGUGUUCAGCAACGUGUCCAUCAUCCUGUUCCUCAACAAGACGGACCUGCUGGAGGACAAGGUGAAGAGCGUGCCCAUCAAGGACUAUUUCCCCGAGUUCGGCGGGGAGGCGCACAGCCUGGCCGACGUGCAGAGCUUCCUGGUGGACUGCUUCCGGAACAAGCGUCGGGAGCAGCAGCAGAAGCCGCUGUACCACCACUUCACCACGGCCAUCAACACUGAGAACAUUCGCCUGGUGUUCCGUGACGUCAAGGACACCAUUCUGCACGACAACCUAAAGCAGCUCAUGCUCCAGUGAAACGGCCGCGCAGUUUUUUUUUGUUGUUUUUGUUUUUCGGGUUGUUCGUUUUUUUUGUUUUUUUUUUACGUGAGGAGAGAGAGUCGCCUGAACCUAGCUCCUCCCCCUCCUCUGUUUUCAACUGUCACUUUUGACCCCCCCCCCCCCUCCCUGCCAUCCAUCGAGUGUAGAACCGCACCACCUAUCUUGCCUUUCACCAAACGUCUUUUAUUAUUAGUCAUUUUGAUUUUAUUUGUAUUCUUCUUUUGUGUGCACGGCCAUCGUAGUCCUGACCUAAAACCACUGUACAGCCGUGUGACACCUCUAAUCUCCUGUCUCAGAUGGAUUCUUCUAGAACGUCCUGUACCGCUCCUCUGUCCACUCUGUUGGACAAACUCUGUAACUUCUACCCAGGCUGUGGAAGGUGUGCGUGCGUGACGUGUGUGUGUGGGGGGGGUCAAAGGCUGUCUCGUAGAAACCAAGGGCGGGGCAUGGUGGCCACCAAGUCAGGGUGGAUGUAGGCGGAAGGUGUAGCGAUGGCGUGGCUGUACUGACCUGUACUCCCCUCGCGGGCCUUGACAACUGCGAGCGUUAAUGCUUCCACCAUCACCACCGCGAAAUGCCAGUACCGCCGCAGGGUGAUGCCCACCACCCCUCUGCGUGGAAAUGAGGACUGUUCUAGAUGUUUCUGGGGCCUUUUCAAUUGGGGGGGGCUUGUUUUCUGCACUGUACUAAUCUUUGAAUUAUUCCACUAUUGAGCCUUCUGUACCACUGCCUCCUCAUUGAAAAGGGCUAACUCACACACACACACACCGACACACACACACACUCCUGACUCCUGAAUCCUGAUGCCCUCCUUAAGCUGAUUCCUGCCAGGUAUAGCUGUAGGUUUCACAUGUUCUCGCGUUUUCUUUGACUUUUACUGUAAUUUCUAGGUGGUUCUUUUUCCUCUGGUCUUUUUUGUUUUCGUUUUUCUCUCCACACUCACAUAAAGACGCGUAUCUAUCUAGACUUUGUCUCUUUAGUUCCGUGUCCCAGGCGACUGCUGAUGGGCACUGCUAGGCAACGGAGGAAGUAGAGAACACACACGGCACUUGCGCUGCAACCACAUGAAUAAGUAAUAAUAAUAAAAAAAAGAAAAUAUACUGCAACUGUAGCUUUAGUGGAGGGAAUCUAAGCACAGUGUAUUAAGCGAAUUCUCAGGGCACGUUGUGGACCACUUAUUUGUGUAUUAGAUGCAAUGAUACUUGUGCCUAAGCCCUUUACAGAGACACUUUAACUUGGUCGUUCUCUCUCUCACACACACACACACACAAACACACAGAGAGAGAGAAUGGCUGGCAGAAUCUCUUCUGCUUCUCUCGUCUUUCCUUCUUUAACUCCUCCCACUUUGGGCUCUCCUGUUUGCUGUAACUCCUCCCACUUUGGGCUCUCCUGUUUGCUUUAAGCCGCCUUGAGCUCCAGACCUUUAGCCAGCUCAGCUUAAACCUUCCAUCUCCCACAGGGGAAAGGGGGGAAAUAGUUUGUUGCUGCAUUCACCCCCCCCCCCCCCCACACACACACACACACACACACACACACUCUCCUGUCCUUACCGAGAAUAUGGCUUAUUAUUUUGUAAAAUACGAGCUUUUCAACAGAGUAAAAAGAUAGGAAAAUGUCUGGUUAGAAGGCGUGUAGGCUAACUUAACGGUUUAACCAGAAGUGUAGGCUAACUAGCGGGUUUUCUUCAAAUUUUUAUUAUAUUUUUUUUCCCCAAGUGCUACCCUUUCUCUAAAGGUACAAGUUAUUCUCUCAGUCUCCGCCAGUUACUGUCUUGCCGGGUCUGUGGCGACAAACAAAAGGGAUAGCGCCAGCUCGCGUAGUGAACCUUCGGAGAAACGGCUAAGCUUGCGCGGUGUGGCCGAACGCCGGUGUUUGUUUAUAGACGUUUGUACAACCCUGCCUCUCUCUCUCUGUCUGUCUCUCUCUGUCUCUCUCUGUCUGUCUCUCUCUGUCUCUCCCUCUCUCUCUCUCUCUCUCUCUCUCUCUCUCUCUCUCUCUCUCUCUCUCUCUCUCUCUCUCUCUCUCUCUCUCUCCUGUCUCUCUCUCUCUCAUGUCUCUCUCUCUCUCUAUGUCUCUGUCUCUCUGUCUCUCUCUCUCUCAUGUAUAUGUAUAGUUAUGUAUCUCACACCACCUCACCAUUUUUCUAAUCACGAUGUAACCCGUCUUACACAUGUAUUUGUAAGUAUGUAUGUAUCACUGACCCCUGGUGUUUUUAUUACAGAUUUUUGGUGUGUUGUUGCUGGGGGGUUGUGGAUGGGUGUAUAUUUACAGUGAAAUCGGUCUGAAAAAAAAAUGUCCAGGCCGUGCUUUUAUUCUGUUAGUCCGUCUGUCUGUCGGCAUGUCUGUAAACAAAAGAUGCUUGUAUGUUGUUAACACACACACACACACUUUGUCUGUCCCUUGUUCGGGCCUCUGGUAGCUCCAGGCACCCCCUCCUCAAGCUCCAAGUCGGCCCCAGCAGAGAGCCCUUUUGUCUGGGCUCAGACUGUGUCGUGCCUCAUCUUGGCUGGAGGCCCUGGGCUGGGCCGGGGGAGAGAAAGGCAUCCUCUUCCCGUCUGCUAGACCGAUGUGACUGGUCCUAGUGUCUCUCACGCACACGCUCACGCCACCUGAGUCUGAGCAGGCCAAACGGCCUUGUAAUGCUCUUUUGUUGUUGCUGAACCUCUUUUUUGAAGCAUGAACACACACACACACACUUCCUAGGGCCUGUAGUGUGCCGCUGGAAGAUCAUCUCCACAGAUCUCUGCUCCCGAGAAGCCCGAAUAGCCUUAAGAGGAACGCUUGCGUCCUUCCAGGCCGCUUUGAGCCGGCCGUCUUGAAUUGUCCUCCAGUUCUGGACGCCAGGGCUAUCUCGCUCUCCGUCUCCAGGUUUGCCGCUCGCUCGUGCCACUUAUCCUCUGAAGCCAGGUUCCUCUGCCCCCCUGACCACCAGCCAGGGGGGGGGGGGGGGGGGGGGCAGAGCACCCCCCCCCCCCCCCCCCGACCACCAGCCAGGGGAGGGCUCUGCCUGUAAGAAAGGGUGCUUAUGUAGGAAGAGAACCAGUUUGAACAGACCGUUCUGUGCCAUCUUCGUGGCGUAUCUGGCGCACCAGAACUGGGAAGGUGGAGGGGAGUGACUGGGCUCUCUGUGGUGAGGUGCUAUCUGGUGCACCUGGCCCUCCUGGGCUCUCUGUGGUGAGGUGCUAUCCGUGUGCCAGCAACUCAGAACGACAUUUUCCUGACAAACCCAACAGUUGGAGGCUCACUUUGACCGAUGUCGUAUAGCCAAGCGGGUCUCCAGCCAACACACAGCCAUAACUAGUCUAAACGGAGACCUGCAUUUCAGUGUGUUUGAACGCAAGUUUGUUUUUAUUUUUUUAUUUUUUUCAGGCAACGACUAACCUGUUAGCGAGAUGGUAUACUCUGCACCGUAGCGGUGGAGCAGAGAUACUCAGAUACCAGAGGCCUUGUGUUUAAGAGGCCUCAAGCUCCCAAGUUUUAACGCAAACCUUCGGUUUGGAAAAGAGUCGACUCUGGACAAGAUUUUCUUGGUCUGAAGAUUCUGCCUUGAACCUUUUUGUUGUUGUUGUUUUAUAACCGUUUUAAGCGUGUGUCCGGUUCUGUGGCUCUUGUUUUUACAUGCUGCUUCCUGGCCCGUGUGGCGAGCGGUCUCUCUGGGACUCCAGCACAGACCUUGAGCGAACAGAAUGUGAUUCUAGUUCGAAGGAUUCUGCAAACUAAGAGGUGGUCAAACUGUGUAGGGGGUCAAAUGUGAGCUAAGUCACACAGGCCAGUGUUUUGUCGUGCCAGACUGCACCACUCCACGGCGAGACUUCAGAAAAUGUGUAAACGAGAAAUAAGGAACACUCCAAAAUAAUGGACACGUUGGUGACGUUGGUUUCUAAUGACGCUGAUGCCACUGCUGUCCCAUGUGUUUGGCUCUGUGUAAUCAAAUAAGUUUAUUAGGAGAGGGAAAAUAAGAUAUAUAUGCAAAUGAUCUGCCAAAAUACACUGAUCUAGUGCCUCCUAUUCCGAGUUCUGCCUCUUUAAUUUUCUCCAAUCAAGUUGUCUUAAAGUUUUAAUUUUUUACUUAGGUUUUUCAAAUUUUGCCUCUGAGGUAUUUCCGUGCCCUCAUAUCAAGAUUCACAUUUGUGUACAAUGAUUCCAAACCUUAAUUUCUCUCAACAGUUUUUGGAAAGACAAAAAAUGCUUUCAUUGUACAGUCUAACUUAUACUGUCUUGCCCUUACUAUCCUCUCAAUAAAACAAACCAUUUUUCAAAAUAA